CAUCAACGGAAAUACAACACGGCAUGAGCUUGGUCUUCAAAAACUGAAUCCAUUAGUACAUUUUGGGCUAUGCGAUGGGACUAAAUCAAGUCCAAUGGUGAGGUUUUUCAUACCGCAAGGAGUUGAAGCUGAGCUCAAACGAGCAGCUCGAGAGUUUUUCCAAAAUGGUGGAAUUGAGGUUGUCUUGGACAAGAGGACCAUACAUCUAUCAAGAAUCAUGAAGUGGUACAAAGAAGAUUUCACUGAAGACAAGAAAAUGUUGAAGUGGAUAAUGAGUUAUAUAGAUGCAAAUAAAGCAGGUCUUUUAACCCAUCUUCUUGGUGAUGGAGGGGGUUCUGUUAACAUCGUUUACCAAGACUAUGAUUGGUCUAUUAACAAUUGA